AUGGCCAUUCCGACACUGCACCAACCGCCGACCAACGGCCAUACAAACGGCCAUACAAACGGUACCAGCAAUGGCGUCGAUUCAAACCCAGCGCCUCACCCGCGAACUGUCCCUCUAAACCAGCAGUAUGGCUAUACCCCUCGCAAACUGCGCGUCAUCACCAUCGGUGCUGGCUUCUCCGGUCUCCUGAUGGCGCACAAGAUCCAGCACCGCUUCCCAGAGCUGGAGGAGUUCGUCACGCACAAGAUUUUCGAAAUGCGCAGCGACAUCGGCGGGACUUGGCUGGUGAAUACCUAUCCGGGGGUGCAGUGUGAUGUUCCUGCACACAUCUAUGCCUUCCCCUUCGACCCAAACCCCAACUGGACAAAGUUCUACUCCAGCGGCCCCGAAAUCCAAGAAUACAUCAAAGCCACCGCCGAGAAAUGGAAUCUCACCCGGGACGUCCACCUAAACACACGCGUCGUGGGCGCGCGCUGGCUCGAAAACGACGGAGUCUGGAAAGUCACUGUCGAGCACGACGGCGUACAACGAGUCGAGUACGCCGAGAUCGUUAUCUCAGGGCAAGGCGUGCUCUGCCACCCGUCGUGGCCGUCUAUCCCCGGGCUGCGAGAGGAUUUCAAGGGCAAGAUUGUGCACUCGGCGCAGUGGGACCAUGAGUUUGAUUACUCGCAUAAGCGCAUUGCGGUAAUUGGGAAUGGGUCCUCGGGCAUCCAGAUUACGCCGCAGAUGGCCAAGUUGCCCGGUACGGAGGUGGUGAAUUAUAUGCGCUCUGCUGCGUGGAUCUAUUACCGGGUGCCGCCGUCGAAACAUCUGGGGAGGGACACCGAUGAGGUGAAUCCGGUUUAUUCGGAGGAGGAUAAGAAGAGGUUUCAGGAUCCGGAGGUUCAUCGGCAGUAUAGGAAGGGGAUUAUCAAUCGGACGAAUAAGGCGUUUAAGCUGUUUCUGAAAGGAGAGAACAACGAAGAAGCAGUCCGCUUCGGAACCGAGCAAAUGGCCUCGAAGCUCAACUACGAUCCUGAACUCUGCCGCAAGCUUAUCCCCAAGUGGGAAGUCGGAUGUCGACGGGUAACCCCCGGCCCUGGGUACCUAGAGUCGUUCUCGCGUCCAAAUUGCAACCUGAGCGACAGCCCAAUUACCAAACUGAGCGAGAACGCCGUACACACAGCCGACGGCCAAGUCUUCGAAUGCGACGUCGUGAUCUGCGCAACAGGGUUUGAUGUCUCGCACCGGCCCAAAUUCCCCCUGAUCGGGCUGAACGGGGCGAAUCUCGCCGAGAAGUGGGCGGAUGAGCCAGAGAGUUAUCUCUCUGUUGCGACGGCGGGUUUCCCGAAUUACUUUAUCUUUACGGGGCCGAACUCGCUGGGUGGACAUGGGAGUCUGGUUGAGGCGUUGAACUGGACGGGGGAUUACUUUGUCAAGUGGAUUAAGAAGAUUGCCAGCGAGGAUAUCAAGUCCGUUGUGCCCAAGAAGAGUGCAGAGGAGGCGUCUGUGCGGUAUGGUGAUGAGGUGCACAAGACGAUUGCGUGGACUGGGGGCUGCAAGAGCUGGUAUAAGCGGAAUAAGACGAAUGGGAGGGUGACGGCGCUGUUUGGAGGGUCGGCGCUGCUCUUUAAUCGAUUGAUCAGUGAGCUCAGGCCGGAGGACUUUGAGAUUGAGUAUCGAAGUGCGAAUUCAUUUAGGUUUCUGGGGAAUGGGUUCUUAGAGUACGAGAUGGACCCGAAGGAGGAUCUGUCCUGGUAUGUUGAGCUGCCGGUGCCAUUGAGAGGGGUAGAAUAG